CUCAUCUCCUCCGCCUCCACCUGCGCCUCCCUCUUCUCCUGCCUGCUGCACCUGCUGAGGCAGCACCCGCAGCGCACGCCGCUCAUCGGAACAGCAAUCAAGUGCGGCGGCAAAUUUGUGGAGGACUUGCAGCGCAGCACGGGCGCCUGGAGGGGCUUAUGGCCGCGGCACGAGGAGCGCCUGCGCGGCACCGUGCGGCGGGUGCAGCGGGGCACCCGACUGCUCAAUGCGCUGUGUGCGGACGGCAAGGAGCGGCGGGCGGUUGCCAUCACGAAGAAGGUACCCGGCGUGAAGAGAGCGAUCGAGGCGUUCAUGCUCAACAUGCGGGCGCUGUUUCAUGAGAUGGGCUGCGCGGAGGGUAUUCGCAUUGCCCAGCUCAGGAACAAGGACCUGCACGGAAAUGAGGUGCCCUCGCAGGCGUACGACGAUGACAAUGACGCCGGCGGCUACUACGAUGCGGAUGCGGAUGCUGACGUGGACGCUGACGCGGACGGCGGGGAACAGCAGCACCCUCAACCUCCGCCUCCGCAACCGAAGAAACGUGGUCGGAAGCCCAAGGCCGCGGCGGCAGCGGAAGGGAGCCAACCGGGAGCCGCCGCCGCUGCUGGUGUUGGGGGUGGCAUCGACGGCGACGCCGAAGCUGACGGCGGCAAGGCUCCGAAACGCAAGAAACCACGAGGAGCCCGAGCCGCCGCCGCUGCCACCGCCGGGGAGGCCGAUGGCGGUGAAGGUGAAGAUGCCGCCGCGGCUCCGC